AUGCCCGCCCGCAAGAGCAACCCCCCAGCCGCAGACGGCAGUUCCUCUCCCCCUCGCGACGGUCUAAGCGUGGAGGAUCUCUCCCUCCCCCGCACAAUGGUCCAGCGCCUCGCCAAAGGCGUCCUCCCACCCAACACCUCGAUCCAAAAAGACGCGCUCCUAGCCCUCUCCAAAUCCGCAACUGUCUUCGUCUCUUACCUCACACACCAGGCGCACGAUCUAGCCUGCAUGAAAGACAAGAAGACGAUACAGCCGCGCGAUGUGCUAGAUGCGAUUGAAGAGGCCGAGUUGGGUGACUUCAUGGACAGGCUGGAGAAGGAGCUCGAGCGGUAUAAUGCUACGCAGUGCGAUAAGCGGAAUUCCUAUAGGCGUAAAGUCAGGGAGGAGAAGGCGGUCAAGGCGCUGGCGGCUAUUGAGGCGGGGGCGGUGGAUACGAGACAGGGUGCUGGGGCUGGGGUGGCGGAGAUUAAUGGACACGCGAGGGUGGGAGAUGAGCCGCCUGCGGCAAAGAGAAUGAGGAGGGGGGAGGGAGAGGGGGAGGAUGAGGGGGAGACGGAUGUGGAGGAGGCGGAGCAAGGAGAGGAUGGGGCGGAUGAGGAGCAAGAACGGGACGAGGAUGUUGAGGAUGAUGAAGAGGCAGAGGGUAGUGAGGAUGAGGAGGACGGUGAGCGCCGGUUAGUGGAGGAUCCGAUUGAGGAACGGGUAGGGUCUGAGGAUGAAGAUGACGUGCUAGAUGACGGAGACGACAGUGACUGA